AAGAGGAGGAUAUUACAGUGAAAGAAGAGGAGGAUAUUACAGUAAAAGAAGAGGAGGAUAUUACAGUGAAAGAAGAGGAGGAUAUUACAGUGAAAGAAGAGGAAGAAGCUUUCAGAGUGAAAAGGGAAGAAGAAAUCACAUUGAAAGAAGAAAAUGUUACAGUGAAAGACGAGAAAGAACCUUUUGGAGUGAAAGAGGAAGAGGGGAUAGAGGCUGUCACAGCGAAAGAGGAAGAAGGGAUAGAGGCUGUCACAGUGGAAGAGGAAGAGGGGAUAGAGGCUGUCACAGUGGAAGAGGAAGAGGGGAUAGAGGCUGUCACAGUGGAAGAGGAAGAGGGGAUAGAGGCUGUCACAGUGGAAGAGGAGGUGGUAGACGCUUUCAGAAUUAAAAAGGAGGAAGAGGAUGUUACAGUCCAAGACGUGAACGAGCCUUUUGGGGUGAAAAGGGAAGAUGGGGUAGAGGCUGACACAAUGGAAGAGGAGGUGGUAGACACUUUCAGAAUUAAAAAGGAGGAAGAGGAGGCAAUCACAUUGAAAGAAGAUGUUCCUACAGUGAAAGAAGAGAAAGAACCCCUUGGAGUAAAAGAGGAAGAGGAGGCUAUCACAUUAAAUGAAAAGGAGGAUGUUCUAAUGGAAGAAGAGGAAGAACCUGUUGGAGUGGAAGAGAAGGUUAUCUCAAAAGAGGAAGACGUUUUGGGAGUAAAAGAAGGCGGGGAUGAGGAGGACGAGCCUGAAGAUCCGAAUAACACAAGAGAGAGACCAGACUCUUACUCUGACAGCGGGAGUACUUCAGCGGAACCAGACCCAGAGAUGCCCAAACCAGUGAAACCACACCACUGCUCCCAAUGUGGAAAUACAUUUUUCUCAUCAGGGGACCUGAAAAAGCAUAAGAGAACACACUCUGUAGAGAGGCCUUUCCAAUGCUCUCAGUGUGGAAAGCGAUUUAUCCAGGCAUCACAUUUGAAAGAACAUAAGAGAAUACACACAGGAGAGAAGCCUUUCCAAUGCUCCCAGUGUGGAAAUAGUUUUACCCGGUUAAGGGGCCUGAAAAGGCAUAAAGGAAUACACACAGGAGAGAAGCCUUACCACUGUUGUCAUUGUGGACAGAGUUUUAGGUGGUUAGUGACCCUGAAAACACAUGAGAGGACACAUACAGGAGAGAAGCCUUUCCAAUGUUCCCAGUGUGGGAAUGCUUUUACACGGUUAGAGAAGCUGAAAGAACAUGAGAGAAUUCACACUGGUGAAAAGCCUUUCCAAUGCUUGCAGUGUGAAAAGAGAUUUAUCCAGUCAUGGAAUCUCAAAGAGCAUGAGAGGAUACACACAGGGGAGAAGCCUUUCCAAUGCUUCCAGUGUGGAAAGAGUUUUACCCGGUUAAGGUACCUGAGUAAGCAUAAAGAAAUACACAUGGGAGCGAAGCCUUACCCCUGUUCUCAUUGUGGACAGAGUUUUAGGGGGUUAGUGAGCCUUAAAACACAUGAAAGAAUACACACAGGAGAGAAACCUUUCAACUGCUCUCAAUGUGGAAUUACUUUUACCUUGUUAGGGAGCCUGAAAUCACACCAGAGGACACAUGAUAAAAGCCAUACCACUGCUCUCAUUGUAGAAAGAGAACAUGAAAUCACAUGAUCGAAUAUAGAGUCGGGGCCAUAUUUGCGAACAUAAGCAAGCAUAUGAAGUUAAAUGGUUUUCAUGCACAAGAUGCAUAUCAACCAAUGAAAAGUGUUGAUUCACUUACAUGUGACUGACCGCUAAUGAAAUCAAACACAUGAAUGGAAUGUUAUCAAACACAUGAAUGGAAUGUUAUCAAACACAUGAA